AUGGAAAAAUCAAAAUCAGCAUUACCCGAAUUGCCGAACGUUGUUGAACUGAAACCAGAUUUUAUAGCUGCUUUUAUGCAACGUGGAAAUGUAUUUCUUAAGCAAGGUGAUUUUGAAGCAGCGACAGAAUAUUUUGAAACAGUGCUUCAAACGGAGCCGAAUAAUGAUAAUGCUCGUAAAAACUUUGAAAUGUUAUUAACUUUGAUCAAUGGUACUAAACAAGCUGAAACAUUUUAUGAAAACAAAGAAUACACAUAA